AUGGACUCCAUAACCUCUCUUCAUCCUUACUACCCCCUCGAUGCCCAAAUCGAUGGAUAUGUCCCCAACGAGGCUUCUCUGCUGUCUAUCCUUACCACCGCCAGCGUUGGCGCCACAGCGCUCCUGGGAACCACGUUCACCCUGGUCACUGUGAUUCGACCAAGUCUGAAGAACGCAGACCGACUCGCGAUCCUGUGGUUUGUCCUCUCGGGCACGCUUCACUGCUUCUUCGAGGGGUACUUCAUGGUCCACCAUAAUCAUAUGGCAUCUGCGCAAGACUUCUUCGGUCAGCUAUGGAAAGAGUAUGCAUUAUCCGAUUCUCGAUACAUGACCUCGGAUACCCUCGUCUUGUGCAUGGAGACCAUCACCGUUCUGCUUUGGGGCCCGCUCUGUUUUCUGGUCGCAUACUUGAUUCUCUCCCAGCAUCCUCUGCGCCAUCCGUUGCAGAUCAUCGUGUGCAUGAGCCACCUUUAUGGUGAUGUUCUAUACUACGCCACGAGCUUGUUCGAUCACUACGUUCAUGACCGGCCGUACAGCCGCCCGGAGCCAUACUAUUUUUGGGUCUAUUACUUUCUAAUGAAUUUCAUCUGGAUUGUGGUUCCGUUCUACUAUCUUUUCCAGAGUGUCCGGACAAUAUCGGAUGCCUUCAGGGCGCUGGGAAAUACUUCCAUGCAGCGCAAGGAUCGAUAAGAGAAGCGAAGGGCAACGAUGAUGUCACCCAUCCCAAACCGGGCGAUUUCAGAUGAGGGGUAUGCCUUGCUAACUCAGGCUAAGGCACCUGGUCUUUACUGAUCAUGCAUGCGUAUAAUAAUCUUAAGAGGGCACUUCCGCAUGGGAUCUUCGUUUCGGCCGGAGCAGCACUCGUUCGUUGAGUCUCGAAUCAAGCGGCCCCGACCGGGAAAAGCAAUAUACACACCGUGCAUGACAACGCACUGAAAUAAUAAUGAAUCGGGUAGAAUGCUUUUCCUGUCCUGGCCCACUUUGUGACGCGUAGCCCCCGGUGGAUCGUUUUAGGCAUUCCUGCUCCUCUGCCAGCCCGGCAAACAGGAAGAAUAGCUCCGAGUUACACGUUAGCCACAUCGGAAUGAUCGUCUUGCGCGACUGCUACUUCGCGAGACGAUGAAUGUUCUAUUGAAUGUUCUAUUAUCGGAAUUCAAGCUGAAUUCGAA